AUCAAAUCUAACUGAAUUGCCCAAUGGAGUCACACUCACAGGUCCUCUGUAUUGAUUCUACAAACGGCUCUCAGUUCAUACUGUGACAGCUAACUUGUUGAGACAACAUUGCUCGUCUCCAGCAGAGAUCAGUAUGAAGUCCAAGUCAUGGUUCCUCUUUUGCAUAUCUUGCAUAUGCGUAUCUAUGUACCUCUGCUGGAACCUCGGCGCGAUGACAUCACAGCCACGAUUUCGUAUAUUCUGUCAACAAUCCAUGAAGGAACUUGGACACAAUAGAAUGAUCGGGAAAUUAAGCGAGAUGAAAGCAGAGCCACCAAUGUCAGCUACUUCAAAGCGUACAUUACCCGCUUUCAGCACGACAAGACUUUAUUCUUCAAAGACUCGGGAUGAUGACUUUAUACCUAACUCAGAACUAUAUUCAACUUUAGUAAAUGGAAAUGACAUUAACCUUCAUAUUGAAAAACACUUCACUAUGCUGGCAAACGAGACAAAAGACCCUUUCAUCAACCUCCACCGAUAUUCCUUCACUCAUAGUUCAGACAAAUGUUCAAGGGGAAGCCUUUUCUUAAUAAUAGUGGUACAUUCUGCUCCCAUGAACAAGAAUAAGAGGGAUCUUAUCCGAACAUCUUUUGGGUCUGUUGAAAGCUACAGGGACAAUCGCCUGGCAGUUGUCUUUUGUUUGGGAGCUGUCAGACAGCAAUCUGUGCACGAAUCCAUAAACAGAGAAUCGCAACAUUACAAUGAUAUUGUUCAGGGCAAUUUCCUGGAUAGUUAUAAAAGUCUAAACAGAAAACACAUCAUGGCUAUGCACUGGGUCACAUUAAACUGUAACCCACGGUAUAUCCUUAAAUUAGACGAUGACACCUUUGUUAACCCUUAUAGAAUUAUAGAUUUUUUACUAAUAGCAAAUCCUUUGGGAAUGACGAUGCAUUGUAAAAUCAUUUCAGGUGAUCCGCCAAAUAGAAGAAAAAAAUCUAAAUGGUACACAUCGGUAUCCCAGUAUCCAUUUCCAGUCUUGCCACCAUUUUGUCUCGGCUUUGCUUAUAUUACAACACCAACAGCUUGGAGCGCCAUGUACAAAGCUUCGGAAACUUACCGUCUCAUGGACAUGGAUGAUGUGUAUGUAAGUGGUGUGUUGGCCACGAAGGUUGGAGUGGAAAAGAGAAACUUCGAGAACUUGUUGUACAGCUGUCCUACAGAUAGUUCCAGGAUGACUGAAAGAGCGUUGAAUGUCAAAGCAAUUGUUUUAGACAGAAGAAACAAAUGUAGAGAUAUUCCCUUUACAUUCUGGCCCAAACUGCAGGAAAUGAAUAACAUAGAUUAGUGAAAUUUCAUACUGGAAUAGAAGGGAUAAAACCAGGUAACAAUCGCACAUGUAAAGGUUAAACCAGGCGACCAAGAUUUCCGUCUUAGCCCUUAGCAAAGGUGAGCAUAAAGAACCAAACAAGACGCCUGUUCAGCUUGUCUUGCAUUGGAGAUUUGAGUGUUCCAGCCAUUCGUGAUCAUCUCUACAUGACCAACAUGCUGUACAGAUAUCUGUUUAAGCCGAUCUGGCAGCUUGAUGCUUGAUGUCAGGAGCUGUAUAAAACUAACUUCGUGGAAUUUUAUCAUUAAAUGCAAACAUACACACGGGAGACACAGUAAACAGUCUCUCGCGAUGUAGCCAGAUACAGAAAGAUGUAUCUGUUGAUGUCUUUAAUGUAUAUACACCUGGAAAGGUGUUAUGUAUUAC